CAGGGCGUUGGACAUUCAUGAUCCUUGAGGUCCCUUCCAACCCUGGCCAUUCUGUGAUUCUGUGAUUAAGUCAUACUACAGGUAGAAUUUAGUCAACUCUUGAAUGGAAUGUCCCAUCCUGUCACUUGCGAAGGUUCUCUUGCCAAGAUGCUGGAGAAUGGCAUACAUAUUGUGCAGACACAGAUGAUACAUCUCAAUUUGUAAUCUUUUCAGCUCAUAAUGAUAGAAGUGAGCAAGGGAAAGGCUUGAAGCCUGGGAGUUAUGAAAUUGAAAGGAUUUUGAGUUUUAAAAUGGAAAGGUAUGGAUUCGAUAGCAUUCAGAGCAGUAUACAACAUGAGUAGAUGAAGUUUCCGAGCAAUUUCUUUUUAUCUGAGUAGUGGAACAACUCCAGGAUUCGUGAUAACUGAUAAAAGCAAAUAUCAGAACAAAAGUGGCUGGUGCCCAGAAGGAGCUCUCCAAUUCUCCCUCCCAUCCUCAUCUGGAGAGAAUGAGUGAGCAGCUGGGUGGUGCUGAGCUCCCUGCCAGGAUUAAACCACUACAGUCCUUUUUGGUGGCCAAUGUGGGGCAUGAAGGGUUUGAGAUAGCAACGGAUUUGAUUGGUGUGUGAAGUGUGUUAGAUCAAAUUUAGAGAUACUAUAGCAGGUUAGCUGCUAAUUGGCAAGCUCCUCCACUUGUCAUGCAACAUGUUUGCUUUACUGUAUGUUAUGGACCAGUGCUUGUUAGUGGCAGAUUUGGCUUCUGCCUUAUCAUCGACUCCUUAUCAUGUUGCUUUCUCUGCCUGGGAACAUUUUGAUAACAGCCAAGGCCAUAAGCCUGGGCUGGCAGAUGGCUGGGUCAUCACUGCUGUCCCUGUGCUGUUGCACUGGACAGGCUGGGACUCCAGACUGAGCUGAACUCAAAGGGACUGCCUGCAGAUGAGCCCACAUGGGAGCAUGUAUGACCCAAAGCAUUUUUGGCCACAGAUAAGUCCACUCUGAAGCAAGCAUACCUCAAAUUGUCUGUGGCUAUGGAGAAAUUCAUGCUGCAGCAGGUACACACCUUGCAAAGCCUAUAGAAUAUCUGGGAAUAAAGCCAUACCAGAAUACCACAGAGUGUCUGUGACCGUGGAUAAGACCACAACACAGCAGGUGUUCAGAAGGACUGUGGCCACUGGAAAAGACUGUGCCAGGUACACCUCAAAGCAACUAUGGCUGUGAGUAAGUCCAUGCUGCAGCGGAUAUAUCAACCCAGGAAUUCUCAUUUUCUAACUCUCUCACUUAUUCCACUUGGGCAGAGAGAACAAAUGGCUGUGUGGUAAUUAGUUGCCCACUGGAGUUAGACCACAGCAAGUGGAGAAUUAGAAAGGUCUUAGCAAUGUAUGGACAAGCUAUCACAGAGUCACAGAAUUACUGAGGUUUGAAGGCACCUCAGGGUUUAUCUGGCCCAACCCUCACUCGAGCAGGGACACCCAGAGCAGGGUGCACAGGCUCAUAUCCAGGCAGCUGCUGAAGAUCUCCAAGGAAGAGACUCCACAGCCUCUGGCCAGAGGUGCUCCAUACCGGUGCUCCAUCACCCGCACAUCACAGAAGUGCUGUCUAGUAUUCAGAGGGAACUUCCGUCUUCCAAUUUGUGCCUAUUGUCCUGGCACUGGGCACCACUGAAAUGAGCCUGGAUCCAUCCUCUCUGCAGCUCCCCAUCAGGUAUUUACAGACACUGAUGAACCUCCUGUUCUCCAGGCUGAAAAGGCCCAGCUCAGUGUCAGCCUUUCCUCACAGGAGAGGUGCUCCACUUUCUUGAUCUAUGGCAGAACUCAGAACAGAUAAAGUGGUUACAUAUGGAUAUAUUUAAACAGAAAGAAGUCAAUCAAAGGAAAUUAAGAAAAGAAAAAAGUCUUGGUUGACCUGGGCGCUGAAAAUUCAAUACAUUCCUCAAAGUUUCUCUGAUACAGGAUCAGAGGUCAUAUUCCAAAGCUGUUAAAUUGGCUGAAUUGGUGCUGUGCAGCUUGAGGCAAGGGCAGAAAGCAGAAGAAUUAACUGGAAAGGUAAAAGGCAAUUUGGAGAUCCAAAGACACAGAGGGGAAAAAAAAAAAAAAGCAAAAAAAAAAGCAGUGUAAUGAUCUAAAUCUGUUUUCUUUUCCCUUGCUCCGCAUUACAUAAAAUGUAUUUCAUUCUUUCUAGUAGAGAAACGUGGUUAGAGGAAUAAGUCCAUCCUUAUACCCACAGCUGAAUCUCUCCCACUCCCUCUUGCAGCAGCGCACUGCAGCCAGGUAAAUUCACACAAAGGAAAAAGGAGAGAAUGGGCAGGCUGGCAGCCAAGGGACAUCAUGAACUGCAGCCACCAUUUACUCAGCCUGACUCCACUGAACAUCUGUCAGCAGCCAUUUAAUUUAUUGCUAAACUUGAACUAUAGACUGUAAUUGGUAAAUCUGCAGGAUAGAUGAAAACACACCUAAGAGACCUUCAAAUUAUCAACUAUUACAGCUGUUUGAUUACUUUGGAACAACUUCUGAUACCUGAUAUCAACUCAAGGCCGUGUCUGCAACUGUCCACAUCAGUCCAGUGAAGAGCUCUGCUGAAAGAUGUCAGAGCAGAGACAAAGCAGGCUUCGUCCAGAAAUGGUUAAUCAAUAGCUUGCUAGGUUGACUGAGUGCCAUUAAAUGCAGUGGUGCAUCUACCGUAUAUAAAAUGUGACCGGUCAUUCCGUAUCAUUCUCAGUCACCUUUUCUGCUAUAGUGUUAGUUAGCAGGUUUUCCAUUUGGAAGUUUUGGGGCACUACCAGAAAUGUUCAUAACACCAUGGAUCUGGGGAACAGUGAUAAUAAUCUGUUGCAGUUUUUGGUUUCUUUUUGGGAGGAGGAGGAGGAGGCGCCAAGGAGAGCCACCACUUGAAAAUGGGUUUCUUCCAUACCUGGGCUGUGCCUUGCAGUUUGGUGCCAACCCCCUCGAAUUCCUCAGGGAAAAACGGAAGAAGCAUGGCCACAUUUUCACUUGCCAAGUAGCAGGGAAAUAUAUUCAUUUCCUCACUGACCCGUUUUCAUAUCACUCGCUGAUGCGCCAGGGAAAACACUUGGACUGGAAAAAGUUCCAUUUUGCUACUUCUGCCAAGGCUUUUGGGCAUGGUAGCAUUGACCCUGCAGAAGGAAACACCACUGAAAAUUUUCAUCAUACUUUCAUUAGAACACUUCAAGGUAAUGCCUUAGAUGCCCUCAUCGAAGCAAUGAUGGAAAAUCUACAAUACGUCAUGCUGCAGUCAAAAGCACCUAAAUUUCAGCCUAACACCUGGGUUACAGAAGGACUUUACACAUUCUGUUGCCAGGUGAUGUUUGAAUCUGGCUUUUUAACACUUUUUGGUAAAGAAUUUAAUCCAAAUCACGACAAAAAUCUGUCAAAGCGGGAAACAGAGAGAGCUCGUAUCCUGAAUGCCCUUGAAAACUUCAAGGAAUUUGAUAGGAUCUUCCCAGCCCUUGUGGCAGGGCUGCCUAUCCAUCUAUUCAAGAGUGCCCACAGUGCCCGUGAGAAGCUGGGAGAGGCUCUGCUCCACAAGAACCUCCUGAAAAGGGACAACCUCUCCGAGCUCGUCAUGCUCCGCAUGUUUCUUAAUGACACUCUGUCAACCUUUGAUGACAUGGAAAAAGCAAAGACACACGUGGCAGUGCUCUGGGCCUCACAAGCUAACACCAUUCCUGCCACUUUCUGGAGCUUGUUCUACCUUCUUAAGAAUCCAGAAGCAAUGAGAGCUGCUACCGAAGAAGUGCAAAGUAUUUUGGAAAGUGCUGGAGAGAAGAUUAGCUUAGAUGGCAACUAUAUUUCACUGAACCGAAAACAGUUGGAUAAUAUGCCAGUGCUAGAUAGCAUCAUCAAGGAGGCAAUGAGGCUAUCGAGCGCAUCCAUGACUUUCCGAGUUGCUAAGGAGGAUUUCACUCUGCAUUUAGAGAACAGCUUUUACAACAUUCGCAAGGAUGAUAUUGUAGCUCUUUAUCCUCAACUGUUGCAUUUUGAUCCAGAAAUCUAUGCUGACCCCUUGACAUUCAAAUACAAUCGCUAUCUCAAUGAGAAUAAAGAAGAGAAGACUGACUUCUACCGCAACGGUCGCAAGUUGAAGUAUUAUUAUAUGCCAUUUGGGGCAGGAAUAGCAAAAUGCCCUGGCAGGUUAUUUGCUGUCCAUGAAAUUAAACAAUUUUUGGUUUUAAUAUUUUCAUAUUUUGAGAUAGAUCUUGUUGACAGUAACGUGCAGUGUCCAUCUUUAGAUCAAUCCCGUGCAGGACUGGGUAUUUUGCAACCAUCCAAUGACAUUGACUUCAGGUACAGACUAAAAUGUCUAUGAAUACAGAUAUUACUAAAUCUAUAAACUAUGUACAGUAUAAAUACACUAUCUAACCUACACUUUGUAUAUAUAUUAUAUAUAUUUGCAAAUGAAACAUUGCAAAUAUCAGUGGAAAAAUCUAAAGGAAGAUGCUACUUCAUCAGCCUAAUAGAAAAUAUAUUAUGUAUGCCAUAUGGUAGCAGCAAACAGUGGGUUUAAUGCAUGAUGUCGAUACAAAAGUUUCCCCUUUUAUCAGCCAUUCUAAAAUGCAACUAGUAGUUUUGAACUGUGUUUAUACAGUAGUUUUGGGGGGU